AGGGUAGCGUAAACCGCGAUCGAUGGGAGGUCGCCUGUCGCCGUAUCAUCAUUCUAUCGCCUCCAUGGAAAACCAAAAAAAAAUAAAAAAUCGGACCAGCAUAAUUUUGGAAAUCCUUCAUGCAGAAAUCUCUACGUUUAUUCGUGACAAAUGGAAACGCGAUGUUCCAUUUAAAGCGCACAUCGUAAAUUCGAAGAUAGAUAUAUACAUCUGGUUUCGAUCCCAGAGACGACAUAAAAACGCGAAAGCGUCGCCAACAAUCAUCGUGGCGAUCGAGACAUCCUCGAAAAAGGGAGAACAGCAAAGUGCCGAGAUAUUACCGAGAGGUCACUGAGGCGCCACGAAA